AUGAGCGCCGCCGCGGGCGUCGUCGCGGCGAUCGCGAGCGGCCUCGCGAACGGGAGCUGGAACGUCCCGACGAAGUCCCAGGCGCCGCGCUGUCUUCACGCCGGCGAGGUCUGGAAGUGGGAGAACAUCUGGUUCCUCUUCAACGCGAUGUUGCCGUUCAUCAACACCGCGUUCGUCGUCGCCGUCGUCGGCGCGGAGACGCUCGGGACGAUAUACGGCAACGCGGAGAGCAGCGAGCUGUGGGCGAUAUGCGCGAGUUCGCUCCUGUGGGGCUUCGGCGGCGUCGGGUUCGGGCAGGCGGUGAAGCGAUGCGGGAUCGCGUUGGGCACGAGCAUCUGCAUGGCGGUCAUCAUCGCGUUAGGCACGGCGCUGCCCGCGAUCGUGGAAGCGGAGAACCUGACGACCGCGCAGGCGGUCGGGACGAGCGUCGGCGCGUCGUUAGGCAUCGUCGGCUUCGCGCUCGGGGCGAAAGCGGGAUUGAUACGCGACGCCGGCGCCGCCGCCGAGGCCGAGGCGGAGGCGGAGGCGAAGGCGAAGAUUCUUAGCGUCGAAGACGCCGCGGCGGCGGCCGCGCCCGCGCCCGCGGGAGCGGCGAACGACGGCAUCUCCAUCUCCGAAGUUGGCGUCCACGCCGGCGGCGAGAUGCAGGUAACGUCGGGCGCGGCGACGACGACGGCCGACGCGGCGGCGACGCGACGGAGGAUCUUCGCGGCGGACAUCGCGUGGUGCCUUCUCGGCGGCGUGCUAUCCAGCAUGCUUCAGUUCGCGUUCGUCUUCGGCGGCGGUCUGGUCGACGUCGCCAGGGACGCGGGGGUCUCUAAAGUCGCCGCCGCGAUGCCCAUAUGGCUCUUGUGCUUCUUAGGGAACGCGUUCGGGCACCUCGCGUACAGCUGCGCGGAGCUCACCUCUAACGACGCGUGGGGGCUCUUCGCGAGCGCCGACCGAAAGACGACGGCGAAGUCGAGCGCGCUGUGCGUCGCGAUGGCGGUGGGGAUGCCGUUCCACAUCCACACGUACGGCAUCGCCGCGGUGUUGAUGGGCGACGCCGGCGCCGUGUUCGCGUGGCCGGUGGUGAUGUCGAGCACCGUGUUUACCGCGCAGCUGUGGAGCGUUUUUUUGCGGGAGUGGGACGGCGCGCCGCGCGAGGCGAUUCGAUGCAACGCGGCGUCGUUGGUCGUCCUCGUGUCGAGCGUCCUCGUCGUGAGCGUGUGCUCGUUUUAUUAG